AUGUUUAUAAAAUUUGUUGUAAUUUUGAUGAUUUUUGGAUACAUCAGCACCCAUGAAAUUGUCCAAAAUCCCGAUGACCAGCCUGAAACCUCAACAAAAUCAAUCCAAGAAGACACAACAAUUGAAAAUAUUCCUGAUUCCACUAAAAAUCCUGAUUCCAUUGAUAGUCCUGAAUCCACUGACAAUCCAGACAAUCCUGUAGCUCCACAAAAUUCAACUGAAGCUCCAAAACCAAAAGAAGCUGAAAUUCCAACACAAAUUCAACAAGAUGACAUCCAGAGUGACACCCAGAACGACAUCCAGCAAUCAAGGCAGAAUCUAAUUAUAAAUCAAAUAAGUUCACUGUCCGAACACAUUCUCGAUCUUGUUGAAAUGUACGCGAACCAAAACACUUUAAAUGUCAAAUCCCCAAAAAAUUCCACAAAACGGCAAUUUUUCUUGUCAUUUAUGACUGAAAAAUCCAACGACUCAAAUUUGAUCCGCAAAAUGACAGUCAACAAUAAUUUUCAAGCCACCAACAUCGCUCCAACGCAAGUUUAUGUUGAAAAUGGAACUGGACAAAAGCAGCCUCCAUCCCCAAACAUUCAAAUGACACUUCCUGGCAUGAAUCAGCAACAGCAACAGAUUCCAUUGCAAAAUGAACAAAAUUAUCAAGACAGAAAUUAUGUGAAUGAAGAUCAAAGGCGAUUCCCAAACUCAUAUCAGCAGCCGUAUCCAAUGCAGCGAGGUGUUACUAGAUUUUAUAAUGAUGAGUGA